ACUGUACUUUGUAAUGUACCAUGCCAAGUUUUGGCCAAUUUCUACUUGUUUGUAUUUUUGUUACAAUUAUUACUUGAACAGUCAAGUCAGUCAGUCGUUCAUUCCACGGUCCACCGUACAGUCAUUCCGCAUCGCCGUGAAAUAUACCAUUGGUUGUCUUGUCAAAACAGCACCAUGGUGGUAUCCACAGAAAAACAAGAAAAACCAGUCUCUGGGAAUGUUGAUUCUUCACCAUUGAUUCCUAAAGCUGAGGGUCUCCCUGUCGGCAAUUAUCGCGUUGUUGGAUGGGAUCUGGACUUCUCAGGACGCCGCCUCGUCGAUGAGAUAUUGCAAAUAGCUGCUUGGACACCAGAGAAAGAGUUUUCAUUGUAUGUCAUGCCAAGCAGAGAUUUAAAUCUCACCACCAGACGCCGGCACAAGUUGAAGAUUGUCACAAUUCAACGCUAUAGAGUUCUGAAGCAUAUCAAGAGCAACAAGCCUAUCAAGACAAAAAGUGAGGUAUCUGGUCUUCAAGAUUUCAUUGCUUGGCUUGAAGAAGUGAAAGGUGAUGCCAAAGAUGGUAUUAUCCUUGUUUUCCAUGAAGCUCUUAAUUCUUGUCCUGCUCUCCUCUUGCACUGCUUAGGAAGGUAUCCUCAUUACAAUUUGUUAGAACGCUUCAAGGCUGUUGUAGCUGGAUUUGCCAAUGGUUUUGCCAUUGCUGAAAGCAAAUGUGCUAAAGCAGUCACUCACUUCAAUUUGAGGACCCUCUCUAACACACUUCUUGGAAAAGAAGAGAGCCUGGAAAGUGCUGCAGACCGCUCACGCUUGGCUUAUCAGGUUUUGCAGAAGCUCUGCUGUGAAGAUGGAGCUGGUGAUUCAGCUGCACCUAACACUGCUAGUAUGAUUUCCUGUGUACGUGAGUACACUCAACCGUGCCGUCGUGAGGAAGAGCUAUUGGUGCUUCAGCAGGAAAUGAUUAAACGUCAAGAUGCCCUCAGACCUGUUUUUCAUCAAUUGAUGAGAGGUACUCGCAAGGAACGUGAACGUGCAUAUUUGCUCCGUAGAAACCUGGUAGAUGCACAUGUUGAUAUGACAGUUCUCACUGAGGCAUGGAAUGCAGGUCAGAAAGAGGCAGUAGAGAAACUUCUAGAGGAAAAGGCUCACAUUGCUGAUGAGAAGGAUAGAAGUGAUUUGCUUACUAAAAUAGAAUGGCAUUUUGUUCCCGAACUGCGGCCCAAGGUGGAACGUAGACCAUCAUUCAAGAAAGGAAGAAGAUAUAGCAAAAGCUCUGACAAAACUAAUGGGAAUGCAGAAAACGGUAAAGAACCAUCAUCACCCAUUCAAUCCCCGGACACUACCGUCGUAUCUCCUGAAAAGCCCCAGACUAAUGGUACCAAAGACUCCCAGGAAGCUGUUGCAUGCUGAAGUAGGCUUGCACGUCAUGAAGACAUCAGACAUGUUCUUAAUUUAAUUUGUUAUCAAAGUCAUUGAUUAUUAUUGAACUAUUCAUAGACAUAAUAUAAGUGCCAGAUGUGCAUAAAAGGUAUUUUUAUUUUAUUGAUCAAAGUAUGUUUUAUAAUGUAACAUUUACAUUGUUGAAAUUUUGGAUUGUGCAGUAUGUAUAUUUAUUUUUAUCUAAGUCAUUAAUAUGAUUUAAGGCACUAAGUUUUGUUUUUGUUCUUGCUCAUGUACAGUUGGUUUAUCACUGUUAAAGUUGUUUUCAUGCAUCGAAGCCAUGUUAUAUAAGUGUCAGCUCAUUAAGGUCUACAUCAGUGGCACAUUCAUUUACAGCUGUAUGAUUCAUGAUUUUAUUUUGUUGACCCUUAUCACAUGUUCAGUACAUGCACCCAAUUCCAUCGGACAUAUUGAACAUUCCUCAAAUUUAUGGUUUCGAUUGUCAUUGAGUCGUUUUGUUUUUGUUUUGGUUUAAUUGUGAAAUUUAUAAUAAAGUCUAUUGCAUCUAA